AAACCCGGCUCAGCUUGAGCUAAUCCUUCUCUUUCUCUCUCGCUCUGUUUCUUUCUCUCUCUCGCAGUAUGGCAAAUGCACUGACUGAUGAACAGAUUGUUGAGUUUAAAGAAGCCUUUUGUCUCUUCGAUAAAGAUGGGGACGGUUGUAUCACUGUUGAAGAAUUGGCGACUGUGAUUCGAUCUCUGGAUCAAAAUCCAACAGAAGAUGAACUGCAGGACAUGAUCGACGAAGUGGACGCUGAUGGAAAUGGGACGAUUGAGUUUGCAGAGUUUUUGAGCUUAAUGGCCAAAAAAAUGAAGGAAACUGACGCAGAGGAGGAGCUUAAAGAAGCUUUUAAAGUAUUUGAUAAAGAUCAAAAUGGAUACAUAUCAGCUAAUGAGCUGAGGCACGUCAUGAUCAAUCUAGGUGAAAAGUUGACGGACGAAGAAGUAGAUCAGAUGAUCAAGGAGGCGGAUUUGGACGGUGAUGGCCAAGUUAAUUACGAAGAAUUCGUCAAGAUGAUGAUGACCGCUGGAUAAGGCCUUUUAGUCAGUCUGAUUGACGGACCACCAUAACAUUCAAUAUUAAUUGGUUCACCCAAGAAAUUAAUAAGCCAAGCACCUGUGUUAUUAUUUUUAUUAUUAUUUCUAAAUUGUUUUACUUCAUUUCUAGGUGGACAUUUCUAAUAUCAUUGUGUUAUUUAAUUGGAAUUAGAAGUUAAAAUAUUUCAUUUUUGUUA